AUGCUUUCAAAUUAUCGCAGUGAUAUAAGACCUGUUAUAAAUUUGUCGACAACAGUUAAUAUGAAGAUUUAUACGACACUUUACACCCUCUAUGAUUUGGACUUUAUAAAUAACUUACUAACGGCUCGAUAUAUCAUUAAAGCUGUUUGGUUUGAUGAACAUCUUAAGUGGAACCCUUUGGACUAUAACAACAUUACAUAUAUAUAUAUACCAAAAAAGAAAUUAUGGAAUCCAGGUUUAGUAAUGUGCAAUUCAAUGACACAGUCAGAAGAAAAAGAUAGCUUGGAUGAUGUUCUCAUUUAUUACGAUGGAUUUGUGAGAAUGCUAUCAUUUACAUUACUACAAACUUAUUGUCAAGUGAAUGCUUACAGCUAUCCAUUCGAUGAGCACAAAUGUGAAAUUCGCAUGUGUAGUGCAACGUACCAUACUGAUGAAGCAAAUGUAACAUCAUUUCUACUUAAUGUGUACUCUGAAGAAGAAAAUUAUAAAUGGUAUAUGAGCAUUAGCGAUCAGGAAACCUACAGUUCUUACGUAGUGGGCACAGUAUAUUUGCGACGUAAGCUCACAGUCGGUAUCAUAGCUAUGCUAAUUCCGACAGUAAUGAUGACUAUUUUAACAAUUUUUGUCUUUCUUCUGCCUCCUGAAUCAGGUGAGAAAGUUUCUCUAGCAACAACAAUAUUUUUAUCAAAUGUCUUGUAUCUUGUUCAAAUUGAUAAGAAUACACCGGCAAAUUCAAAAUAUCCUUCACUGCUUAUUUUAUAUUUAAUGGUGUUGUCAUUGGUAAGUGGCAUCGCCACACUUGGAUCGGUGGUUAUAAGCAAGUUGUAUGUUAAUCAAUCAUCACAAGAAAAUAAGUUGAAAUUAUCAGAGGAAAGUAAAAAGAAGUCACAGAGAAACAAAGUUGAGGAUAUUUCAAUUAUUUCUAUGGAGCAUCCGGAGACUUUAAUGAAAGGUGGUCUCCCAAGUAAGAAAAAGAGAAAUUUCGUUAUUGACUAUAUGCGACUGGAUGCGAUAUUUUUAAAACUUAUUAUUGUCGCCUUGUUAAUAAUUUCAAUAUCAUUCACGUCUUUGUUGUUUUCCCCACUGGAGUAAGAAAAUAUUAUUUGUUACUCUUUCUUCAUAUCUUUAUAAAAAAAAAAAAGUAAUACUGUUCUUUCUCGAAAUCCAACAUACAUUAGAUCCGCAGUGACAAUUAUGUUUUGUUUCGCUGGGGAGCAGCUGUAUCUAGAAAUUUCUCAGUACUGCUUGAAGAUAAAAGCACUAAGCACUGUUCAAUAUAAUUCAUUUUCAAUGACAAAAAUUUGUAAGAUGCUCUGUCCUGUAUUUUUACCCACAUAAGUAAUACGGAUAAUAAAAGGGCAAGGAUAUAAUUGACUCUGCAGAAUUCCGUCGAAUGUAUGUGUGUAUUUUUGGAUCACCACUCGAUAACCGAUAAUUGUAACUUGAACAAUAUUUCUUGUUAGCUACUGCAACAUAAAUAGACAUGAGUAGUUCGCAAUAUUUAGUGCUUAUUUGUUUACUGUGGUGGUAUACUUAAGAGAAAGGAAAGCUCAUUAAGAUGUUUUGAAAUGCCCAAUUUCUUACCGAAGCAAUUGAAAAUUACAGGAACAGGUAUGGCCAUAUUGUUAACGAUUUCCCUUCACAGACUUCUAUUCUCAGUUUCAAAUCCUUUCUAUUACGCUCCUGAUUGGUGCCUUCUAAAGUUUUUCCGACAAGCCGAGAGUCUUGUGAGCAAACAUGCAAGAACGAAAUUCUUCGAAAUUACCUCGAAUAUGUAUGAGUGAAGGACAAAUAUAUUUUUGUGUCAAAAUUAUGAUUACAAGUUCA